CCCUUCACACUCACUUGCCUGUGAAUCACAUUUUCCACCUACAACACACUGGGCCCCUGUAAGGGAACACACACACUGAAGUCUUCUCCCUCACAUUUCCAGAGAGGAGCGGCUCGGUCAGUUCCGAGACACUCACCGCACCGACACAAUGGAAUAAUGGAAACUUUGGUCCUCUGAAGUUUUUUUUUGUCUUUUUGACGAGACACCAUGAGCGCACAUCGACCUCAUGGCAUAUUCAUUCUUUUGUCACAUUUAAUCAACAAGCCUGAAUGGAGCCGAUUGACUCAGCUGACGUGAUCGAUGAUAGAUAUUGAUGUGUGCUUGAUGCUCGUUGGAGAUUAUUAGUUCCACUGAUAUGGAUCUCCAGGUGAUUGUGUGGCUAUUCUACUGCUUCCUGGUACCCAUCGCGCUGUUAACAGCUUGUCUUUUUCGCUACAACAUCCUGUCUCUGGUGUAUUUCCUCUAUCUGCUGCUGCUGCCGUGGUUCCUGUGUCCUAAUAAACACACAAUCCGAGGUCACACUGGUCGUUUUAUAAGAGCAGUGUUCUGUACCAGUCUACUAUUUCUACUGGCUCAUAUCUGCUUUCAGACAGUCCUGUACACGUACCCUCCACUCAACAUUGGCAUAGGCGAUAACUGUUCACAAUGGGACACCAUUACCAGACAUUUAGGUGUAUCCAGGAUUCCUUUGGAUGACCCUUGGAGUGUGUUACGCCUUCUAUGUCCUGAUCUGGGCGUUUGUGUGGUUUCCUUGGUGACAGUGAUCCUCUGCAGUAAAUUGGUCUUAAACAGAGAAAUGGUGGCUGCUGCCAAUAUUACAUCGCUAGAAGAUGAUUCAACAGAUAAAACCCCAGAUGGUGAUCAUGAUGAUGAUGAUGAUGAUGUUGAUGAUGAUGAGAAGGAGGAGGAGGAGGAGGAAGAAGAAGAGACAUCGGGAGAUGAAGAUGAUGAAGAUGAUGAAGGAAGAUCAUUACCUGGUUACCCUGAUGAGGAGGUUUCCACAGCAACCAGAGCCAAGCAGAUGGCUGAACGGCUGAAGGUCAUAGUUCAGAAAAUUCUUCGGGACCUGGGCAGAAUCUUGGCCAUCAGCCUGCUGGCAUUGGCUGGCAUCACACUGCCCUCUGCCUUCUCAGCCAUCUACUUCCUGCUGUUUAUUGCUGUGUGCACAUGGUGGGCUUACCAUCUUCCCAUCAGUCACCUGGGUUUCAAUGCACUUUGUGUGAUGGUGGGCUUCUUCACUGCUGGUCACAUGGUUUGUCUGUACUUGUACCAGAGUCUGCUGGCCCAGGCCCUCUUCCCCCCACACAGUCUGUGGGCCAGACUCUUUGGAUUGAAAGACAUCAUCAUACCAGGAAACUGCUCCUCGCCCUAUGAACUCAACCUCAAUGCCAAUCACGACUGGCCAGUUUAUGUCAACCCAGGAAUACUGUUUCUCCUCUACAUUACCAUAGCAACUGUUCUCAAGACAGGAUGUCAUGGAACACCGAACCAGGUUGAGGGGGAGGAGCUGGAGUUAAGGUCAUGGAAUAAACAGAAAGAUAACUAUGAAGAUGAUACACAGCUCAUGCUCUUGUCAGGAAGCAGCGGAGGAGAAGCUGUGGCUGGAGAGAGUCAUACAGACCUGGGUGUUAGUGACGCCCCCAGUUGCCAACAGAGUGAAAGUCCCUUUUUCCUGAUGGGAAAGGUGGUGAUGCAGCAGAGCUACGUCUGUGCUCUCAUAGCCAUGAUGGUGUGGAGCAUCACGUACCACAGCUGGCUGACCUUCGUGUUGCUGCUGUGGGCUUGUCUCAUCUGGAUCCUGCGUGCCAGGCGACAUGCAGCCACUCUGUGCUCUCCAUUCAUCCUGCUCUAUGGUCUGGCUCUGUGCUGUCUGCAGUACGUCUGGGCCAUGGAGCUUCAGCCUGAGCUACCCACCACUGUGGGAACCAUGAGCCUCAGACAGCUUGGACUGGACAGAGCCCAGUAUCCCUGUCUAAGACUGGGAGCCAUGCUUCUGUUCUGUCUAACUUUCUGGCUCUUGGUGCGUCAGUCAGUGAAGGAAAACUUCAGCAGGAAGAGGAAAAUGGCCACACCACUGCAGGAAGUCACCUCAGGAGAGGGGGCCGGUAACGAAUCAGUGCUGAAGGUUCUGGGAUCCAUGCUAAUGAGCUGUUUUGCCAAAUACUGGAUCUAUGUGUGUGGAGGGAUGUUCAUCACGGUCUCCUUUGCUGGGAAACUUGUUGGAUACAAGAUCAUCUACAUGCUGCUGCUCCUGCUCUUCCUCUCUCUCUAUCAGGUGUACUAUUCUCUGUGGAGGCGUCUGCUGAAGCUCUUCUGGUGGCUUGUUGUGGCCUACACCAUGCUGGUGUUGAUCUCCAUCUACACUUACCAGUUUGAAGACUUCCCUCGAUACUGGAGAAACUUCACUGGCUUCACAGAAGAACAGCUGGCAGCCAUUGGUCUGGAGACAUUUGCUCUGUCUGAGCUCUUCAGCAGUAUUCUGAUCCCUGGGUUCUUCCUGCUGGCCUGUAUUCUGCAGCUGCACUACUUCCACAAACCCUUCAUGAGAAUCACUAACCUGGAACAUGUUAAACCAAUACACAAGAAGAAGAACAGUGAAAGGACUGAGCCGACUGGGUCUGGGAAUGUGGGGGGGGACUUUGAAGAUGAAGACCUGUUGAAUACCAUGGAUGAGGAUGCUGAAGAUGAAGAGGAGUUGAUGCCCAGUAAGUGGGGUCUGGUAAUGGACAGGUUACUAGUCCUGUCCAGAAGAUUCUCAGACACUCUGACCAAAGUUCAAGUGUUUCUCUGGAGGCUUCUGGAACUCCACAUCCUCAAGAUGGUGGCCUUCUUCUCUGUGUGGGUGGCACUUGAAGAGCCAUCUGUGAUGAACCUGGUUCUGGUGGUUUUGUGGUCUCUAGCAAUGCCCUACGGCCGCUUCAGGCCCAUGGCAUCCUGUCUGUCUACGGUCUGGGUGUGUGUCAUCAUAGUGUGUAAGAUGCUGUACCAGCUCAGCGUUGUCAACCCUGUUGAGUACUCCAGUAACUGUAGCAUGCCUUUAAUAAAUGAAACCAACCUGUUAACAGAGGAGAUGAUGAACUCCUCUCUGUAUAAGUAUCCGGUGGAUCCAGCCAACUGGUUUGGAAUCAGGAAAGAUGCCACUGUGCUGGGAUAUAGCAAGAACCAUUUAAUUGUGCUGAUGUUGUUGGUGUUUGAGGCAACAGUGUAUCGUCACCAGUAUCACCACUACCGUCAGCUCCAACGAUCCCCCCCAACCAUUCCUGCUCUGUUCCCUGCUGCCACCAGGGACACUGUAGACCAAGGCCUCAUAUCCUGCCUCAAGUACCUACUCAACUACACAUUCUACAAGUUUGGAUUAGAGAUUUGUUUCCUGAUGACGGUGAAUGUGAUUGGCCAGCGGAUGAACUUCUUGGUGAUAAUCCAUGGCUGUUGGUUGGUAGCCAUCUUGGUGAAGCGCCGGCGUGCAGCUAUUGCCAGGAUUUGGCCCAGAUAUUGUCUCUUUCUGUCCAUCUUCAUGAUCUACCAGUAUCUGCUGUGUGUGGGCAUACCGCCUGCUCUCUGUAUUGAUUACCCAUGGCGGUGGAACACUCCAGUGUUGAUAAACUCAGCUCUCAUUAAAUGGAUCCAUCUGCCUGACUUCUACACUGUGCCUAACUCCAAAAACCUUAUAGCGGACUUUGUGCUGCUGAUAUGUGCUUCCCAGCAGUGGAAGGUGUUUGAGUGUGAGAACACUGAGGAGUGGAUGGUUCUGGCAGGAGAGAACACAGAUAACCCUGAUCCGAUGGAAGGUCGACCGUUUAAUCCUGCGCCCAACUUCAUUAACUGCAGGAGUUACCUGGACAUGACUAAAGUUCUGGUGUUUCGUUACCUCUUCUGGUUUGUGCUGUCAGUGGUAUUCAUCACUGGAGCUACCAGGAUUUCUGUGUUUGGACUAGGCUACCUGCUCGCCUGCUUCUUUUUUCUGCUGUUUGGAACACGGCUCCUGGUCAAGACCUCCAGGACCCGCCUUGCCCUGUGGGACUGUCUCAUCAUCUAUAACGUGGCAGUCAUUAUAUCUAAAAAUAUGUUAUCAAUCCUGGCUUGUGUAUUUGUAUUUGAGAUGCAACAGGGCUUCUGUUGGGUUAUUCAGCUCUUCAGCCUUGUUUGUACAGUUAAAGGAUAUUAUGACCCAAAGACAGUGAGUGAUAAAUCCUGCAGUCUUCCAGUAGAGGAGGCUGGAAUCAUCUGGGAUAGUAUCUGUUUUCUCUGCCUGUUGCUGCAGAGACGAGUCUUCCUCAGUUUCUACUUCCUGCAUGUGACUGCAGACCUGAAGGCUUCUGCCAAACAGGCCUCAAGGGGGUUUGAGCUCUUCAGAGCCAGUAUUGUGAAGAACAUUAAGUUCCACCAACAAUCUGAGAAGAAGUCUCUGUCACAGCUCAAGGGAUCGAUGCAGAGAAUUCGCUCCAAGCAGCAGAAGUAUAAAGGUGGACAUAAAACAAGUGAAGACUCAAACGAGUGUCCGUCUGCUGACAGCCAGACAGAGACGAAGAAGUCAAGGAAGAUGAAGUGGCACCAGCCGUGGUUGGACCAUGCUAAAGUGCUCCACUCUGGAGAGUACUACCUGUUUGAAUCAGACAGUGAGGACGAGGAGGAUCUGCAGUCUGAGGAACAGAAGCCGCAGAAACAGACUGCUUGUCAGUUGGCAUACCAGGCAUGGGUAACCAGUGUGAAAGAAGCUCUUAACGAACGUCAGAGACGCCAGCGACAGUUGAGGAAGGUUGAGAGAAAAGACAAAGAGAGAGAAGGAGGAGUGGAUUCACAAAAAGAGGCUUUCUCUGUUAUAGGUUCUGGAGAUGAUGUGUUUGAGAGCCCUGUCAUUCAGGAGGAGCUGGGGGAGGAACAGGAGUCUGGUCACGGAGAAAUGGUUCAGAGGAUUUUGGAUAUCCUGCGCUUCCUAUGGGCCAUAGUUUUGGCCAUGGUGGAUGGACUGACUCAGUGGCUCAACCUGCUGACUAAACAGUACAGAGAGACGUCUUCUGUUCUGUGCAAUGAACGCUACUUCAUCAUACACAAGAUACAGCAGCAUCAUACAACUGCAGACUCCACAGAUGACCAAAUAUCUUUAGGCAGUGAGAGUCCCACGCUGGAGACAUGUUUGGAUGAGACUGAUGCAGAAAACUCCAAUAAACACAGAUGCCUAGAGGUGGAUAGCAGGGUUGUGAGUGGCUGGUGUACCCCCAGGCCAAGGCGCAACAGCACUGACAAUCUCUUGAGUCCUGAACUCCCAUCCAGCAGCAUGGAGCUGGUACCAGAGUCAUCCAAAAAUCAACACAGACACUCAAGAACAGCCAGUGAACUGCUGGGAGACAGGCAGUUCUUCAUCGAGGAGCUGGAACAGAGCAGAGACUUCUAUAAUAACCAGAGCCGUCUACUCCAGCUGCUGUUUGCCAUGUACAACCUGCUGGCAGCAAACUCAGAGCUUGUCUGUUAUUUCAUCAUAGUUUUAAACAAUGUGGUCAGCGCCUCUGUAAUAUCACUGGUCCUGCCCAUAUUGGUGUUCCUAUGGGCUUUGUUGGCUGUUCCAAGACCAACCAAGAAGUUUUGGAUGACUGCUAUAGUCUACACAGAGGUGAUGGUGGUGGUGAAAUACCUUUUUCAGUUUGGAUUCUUUCCCUGGAAUAGUGUAUAUGAGAUGACUUUAAAUGAAGAUAAACCUUUCUUCCCACCUUGCAUCCUGGGCCUUGAGAAGACAGACAACUACAUAAAAUAUGAUCUUCUGCAGCUGCUGGUUCUGUUCUUCCACAGAUCACUGCUCAUGCGUUAUGGUCUCUGGGACCAUGAGGGCCCCCUGGAAGAGCAGAGCCCGUCACCAGAAAGUUGUAAGAAUGAUGGAAAAACUGUUGAAGGAGAUGAAGAUAGAAGGAGGCAGGAGGGGGGAGAAGAGGAGGAGGAGGGCAGAGUUACAUCCACAUCCAACCUAGAUAACCUCGAAAUGACUGAAAAAGACCAAUUUGAAAAGGAUAAUGUGGAAAAUUAUGAGCCCAGUGCCAGCUCUGCUGCUGCUAUACCACAGACUGUUGAAGGUGAACCAGCUUCCCUUGGGUCAGAAGAGGGAGCGGACAUGCUGAAUCCUCCUUGCAGGCUAAGCAAGGAUACGACAGAGGGAAACAAUGAGCAUGUGAUAGAGGAGGCCCCAAAGAAAAGCAGCAGUAUCCGCUUCCGCAGGAAAACUAAACAAUCAAAACAACAGCGCAGCAAAGUUCCACCUGCUCUGGUGGAGCCCACAGCUGAGACCACUGAUCCAAGUAAAGAACCAAUGAAGAAGAAGCAGAAAGGCAGGAGGAGAGAGGAAGCCCUUCAGAGACUGCUUGCUGUGGGACACAAGAUCAGACAUGUCUUAAUCUCUGGUAUUCAGAGUGUUUACGGGCCAGCUCAGGGCUUCUUCAGGGAUAUUCUCCAGGCUGAGUAUCGGGCUGCCACUGAUGUCUACGCCCUCAUGUUCCUGACAGAUGUCAUUGACUUCAUCAUUGUAAUCUUUGGUUUUUGGGCUUUUGGGAAACACAGUGCAGCCGCUGAUAUAGCCUCCACUCUGUCAGAGGACCAGGUUCCUGAGGCCUUUCUGGUGAUGCUGCUCAUCCAGUUCAGCACCAUGAUCAUUGACAGAGCAUUGUACCUACGCAAGGCCGUCUUGGGAAAACUCAUCUUCCAGGUGAUUCUUGUGUUUGGGAUCCACCUGUGGAUGUUCUUCAUCCUGCCUGCUGUCACUGAAAGGAAGUUUAAUCAGAACUUUGUGGCCCAGCUCUGGUACUUUGUCAAGUGUAUUUACUUCGGCCUGUCAGCCUAUCAGAUCCGCUGUGGGUAUCCUACUCGUAUCCUCGGCAACUUCCUCACCAAGAAAUACAACCACCUCAACCUGUUUCUCUUCCAAGGGUUUCGUCUGGUGCCAUUCCUGGUGGAGCUGCGAGCUGUGAUGGACUGGGUUUGGACCGACACAACUCUGUCUUUGCCGAACUGGAUGUGUGUGGAGGACAUUUAUGCCAACAUCUUCAUCAUUAAAUGCAGCCGUGAGACAGAGAAGAAAUAUCCACAGCCUAAAGGGCAAAAGAAGAAGAAGAUAGUGAAAUAUGGAAUGGGUGGACUCAUCAUCUUCUUCUUGAUAUGCAUCAUUUGGUUUCCACUGCUCUUCAUUUCAUUGGUCCGAUCAGUGGUGGGUGUGAUCAACCACCCAAUUGAUGUCACAGUGACUGUCAAGCUUGGAGGAUAUGAGCCCCUGUUCACCAUGAGUGUGCAGCAGCAGUCCAUUCAGCCCUUCACUGAGGCUGAAUAUGAACAACUCACUCAAAAGUUUGGAGACAAUGCGGUAGCCAUGCAGUUCAUCACUCUCUACAGUUAUGAGGACAUCGUGACGGCCAUGAUUGAGGGUAGUUCAGGAUCAGUGUGGAGGAUCAGCCCUCCCAGCAGACAGGAAGUCAUUAAAGAACUACUUGGAAGUCCUGUCGACCUAACACUACGUCUCGCGUGGACUUUCCAGAGGGACCUGGGUAAAGGAGGGACGGUGGAACACACCUUCGACAAAUACUCUAUAGACCUGGAACCUGGGAACCCAGUCAGAGCAAAUCUGGCCUCACUACUGGUUGGCAAUCGCACUAAUCCUGUGCUUGUUCCUAAUAUGUUCCCUAACUACAUCCGUGCUCCCAAUGGAGCUGAGGCCAAACCCGUGAGUCAACUGUAUAAAGAUGAUGAAGACGGAUACAUGAAUAUAACCCUGUCCCUGAUGAGUGACCGCUCACUGAAUGACAGUAGAAAUCAAGAGUGGUGGGACAUUGCCAUCGCAGGAUGUGCCCACACCUCAUGUGGAGUUCUACCCAUGGUCAUAUUCAAUGACAAAGUCAGUCCACCCAGCCUCGGCUUCCUGGCGGGAUAUGGGAUUAUGGGUCUGUAUGUGUCCGUGGUCUUAGUCAUUGGGAAGUUUGUGCGUGGCUUCUUCAGUGAGAUCUCCCACUCCAUCAUGUUUGAGGAGCUGCCCUGUGUGGACCGCAUCCUGAAGCUGUGUACAGACAUCUUCCUGGUGCGUGAGACAGGAGAGCUGGAGCUGGAAGAGGAACUUUACUCCAAACUGAUCUUCCUCUAUCGAUCUCCAGAGACGAUGAUCAAAUGGACCAGGGAUAUCCACAGCCGAGAACAAGACAGAUACUGACUGAUUAAUGUCAGCUGUGAUAGAAUACAGUGAUAUAUGAAGCGCAUUGUAAAGAUGUCCAAGGGAGGCUUCAUGAGGACACUCCUUAUCACUUCUAGAGUGGACAUGAACCUAUAGCCAAGGACACACAUGAAAGAAGAUGUACAUUAAUAGAUCAUCUGGAUGGAACAUCUAUUGCUGUUGCUUCUUCACAGCUGCCUGAGCACUUUCAUCACACCACUUUACACUACCGACUUUUAAAAGUGUGUCUGCAGUCCCACUGUGGUGGGAUUCAUGGCAGCUGCAUGUCGACUUAGUGGAUUACAAUGUCCCUAGAAGGCACAAUCAGUGGUCAAAUUGAGCUGUGUGUUAAUGGUCAGAGGUUAAAGGUAAAUCCCAAAAGACAUUAAUUCCUAAACUCUGUGCAUAUCAGGCACCCAGGUGGAGUGACUGUGUGGCUGAAACCUGAAACUGACUUAAGGUUGAAGCAGCUAGAGCCACUGCAUUAGUAUACUGAUUGAUCUGAAAACAACAAAAUGCUGACAAUCAAACUCAGAAAUGUUUACCAAAGUAACAAGCAUGUCCUGUAGACACCUUGUUUGUUGAACUUUACAUCAUGAACCAAGGUUUGACAAAGCAAAUUGGAUUUAAAGGGCCAUUUUAGGUUAUUUUUCCUCAUCAGAUGUUCUGAGUUUGCUCUAGGCCACCACAUGUCCCGGUUUAAGGAGCAAAUAAUAAGAGGUCGAAGAUAUGUGGAUCGGUCAAAUGGGGAAAUAGCUUGCUGAUGUAGUUCAAGCUGGUUGCAUGUAGACACUUUAAAAGCCUAGAUAAUUUCAAUUAGAUUUUUACUAAGUGGGGCAGCAUCAAACAUACAUAUCUCAAUGAAAUAACACAAACAAUAGGAGGAAGCUAUGUGCUUGGCACAUCAAGUAACUGUUUUUUCCUUUGAUUAUUUAAUUAUAGUCCAGGUCACCAUUAGACAGGUGUUUAGUUUUAAAGUGUCUAGGUAAAAUGUGGAGAAUAAAUUAACAUCAACAGAAAUUAUUUUGGAGAUGAAAUGUUAAUUCACUGUUGGUACAGUAUGUGCAAGCUUUACAUUUAGAAAAGUCCUGGUGCUAGACCACUCAACAAAUACACUGGUUAUAAGUGAAUAUUGAUUGAAAAGUUAAAGAGCUGAUGGCCUCUGGAAUGAUGGGCUGGACUCAUCACUACAAACUCAUUUUACUUGGGCUGUCCCUUUUGCCCCAGUCCUCAUCCCUCUGACUGAAUUUAUUUUCUUCGUUCCCUUUCCUGUUGAGGCCUGUUAUUCCUUCUCAGUGUAACUAAGAAAUGUUUCAAUGACUUAUCGGAUGCUGAGCAAUAUGUGUACUAUGUCAAUGUGUCUAUGGUUCAGAGUCUGACAAAGAACUGUACUGAUUGCAAGGUAUGUAGUCAAAUCAUGUGAAAUAAAUCUAACCAGGCUUGA